UCUCAAAACAAAGGAAGACGGGUCCUCGACCGCAGAGGAAGCAGGAAGCUGUGACCCUGCUCUGAGCCCAGCUGCUGGGACCUGGGGACAGCGGCAUGGAGUCCGUGGCCCUGUACAGCUUCCAGGCCACGGAGAGUGAUGAGCUGGGCUUCAACAAGGGGGACACGCUCAAGAUCCUGAACAUGGAAGACGACCAGAACUGGUACAAGGCUGAGCUGCGAGGUGCUGAGGGCUUUAUUCCCAAGAACUACAUCCGCGUCAAGCCCCACCCGUGGUACUUGGGGAGGAUUUCCCGGCAGCUGGCUGAAGAGAUUCUGAUGCAGCGGAACCACCUAGGGGCCUUCCUGAUCCGGGAGAGCGAGAGCUCCCCAGGGGAGUUCUCUGUCUCUGUGAACUACGGCGACCAGGUCCAGCACUUCAAGGUGCUGCGCGAGGCCUCGGGGAAGUACUACCUGUGGGAAGAGAAGUUCAACUCCCUGAAUGAGCUGGUCGACUUCUACCGCACCACCACCAUCGCCAAGCAGCGGCAGGUGUUCCUGCGGGAUGAGGAGCCCCUGGUCAAGGGCCCCCGGGCCUCCUUUGCCCAGGCCCAGUUUGACUUCUCCGCCCAGGACUCCUCACAGCUCAGCUUCCGCCGCGGUGACAUCAUCGAGGUCCUGGAGCACCUUGACCCCCACUGGUGGCGGGGCCGGCUUGGCGGACGCAUCGGCUUCUUCCCGCGGAGCUACGUCCAGUCGGCCAGACAUGAUGGACAAGGUCCGAGGGCAGCCCGCAGGCACAGCCACUUGGGGGACCUGGCUGCUCGGGCUCUGGUUUGUUUAGGCCCAACUUCUCCUGGGACUGGGGCUUCUGGAGCUCGGGGAAGCUGUAGGCCAGCAGGAGGUCAGGGCCACAGCUGGACUUUGAGAUCUAGCAGCAUCUGAGCCGGCACCCUGGCCUGAGCAAAGGUGUGGGGCGUCCACACGAAUGUGCCACCAGCAGCCGGUACUGAGCAGCCCCUGCCCAGGACCAGGGCACUUUGGGGAGCAGGAAGAGUGAAGGGGGGCUCCGAAAGUGCUUUGAAUGCCAGGCUGAUGGUGGAGGGGGCAGCGAGCAGCGAGGGAGGAGCCAGGAGCAGCUGGGGAUGGGGACAAGGGUCCAGUGAUGGGGACUCUCCCUCUGCCCAGAGCCGGCCAGAGCCCCUUCAAGCCCCAAGCUGCUCCUGACCUGGGCCCAUGUAUUCAAAAUAAAAACAGGAAAAUGAGUAUAAGGA